AUGAGCGAUUUUGUACAUUCGAAAGACAUUCCCAAAAAGUACUACCGGUACUUUUUGAAAGGUUUAGCAUACUACACCUGCCACUUGAACAAAGCAUGCACUCUAGCCGAUCUACAGGCUUACGUGUUUUUGAAGAGUUUACAGCAACUGUCCGCAGCAGAUUUAACAUCUUUAUCGAAUGAAGUAAUGAGGAAGCUGGUUUCCGCGGGAAUAGCAAACAAUCAAAAUGGAUAUUAUAGAUUGCAUGAAUUGUUACGCUUUGCACACGGUUCCUCAUCGAAACAGGUUGAAACCAUCGAUCAGAAUCGCGAUUUGGAGCUGAGCAGUGGAUCGGGUUUGAGAAAGAUGGUUAAUUUUUCUAACACCGUUACAAUGUGGCCCACUGAUACGUUGGAUGGUGUUGAUACGAUGCCCGGCGCAGUGGUCAGUCCGACGGAAUUUCUUAGUGUAUCUACGUCUACGAUUCAAGAAGACAUCGAAAGCUCAAUAAACGAAACCGACGCGGACAAUCAAUCCGACAGCGAUCACGAUGACGAAGACAAUGAUGGUGAAAAAGCAGAAACGAAUCAGAACGCUUCACAAGGUGAAACUAGUCCGGAAACAAAACAUGAUUCGGACUCAAACCGUACGACAAACUCCGAUGAUGAAGAUUCAACCAUUCCACAUAAACCAAUGAAACAAGAACCGGACAAAGAGCCAAACAACCCUGAGAGCGAAGACGACACGCAAAAGGAGCAAUGA